CAGUUGUGUUUUGUUUCUGUCAGAGGAAGGAGCUGCCACUCGGUAAUGGACGCCAAUAAAGGUAAAGGGGAACAAGGGAUGCAAAAUCCAGGUGGGCAGAUGGACAGACCUGUGAGCUUCCACUUCUUGGAAAGCAUGCUUCCCAAAGUAGUGAAGAGGCGAGUGCACGCCCUGAAAAGGCUACAGGUGCAGUGUGCCAACAUAGAGGCUAAAUUCUACGAGGAGGUCCAUGAGCUAGAGAGGAAGUAUGCUGCCCUCUAUCAGCCGCUGUUCGAGAAGAGACGAGAUAUUGUUACAGGAACAGUGGAACCCACAGACGAAGAGUGUGAGUGGCACAGUGACAGAGAGGAAGAGGAGGAGCUAGCUGAGGAAGUAAAGGAAAAAGCUGCUAUUGAGGAUGCAAAGAAAGAGGAAGCCACACCAGAGGAAGACCCAAAAGGCAUCCCUGAGUUCUGGCUCACCAUAUUCAAGAGUGUAGACAUGCUCAGUGACAUGUUACAGGAACACGAUGAGCCCAUCCUAAAGCACCUGAAAGAUAUUCAAGUGAAGUUUUCUGAGCCAGGGCAGCCAAUGAGUUUCGCAUUAGAGUUCCACUUCGAGCCCAAUGGUUACUUCAACAAUGCAGUCCUCACUAAAGUCUACAAGAUGAAGUCAGAGCCUGAUGCCUCAGAUCCUUUCUCAUUCGAGGGGCCAGAGAUCAUUGACUGUGAAGGCUGUCAGAUAGACUGGCACAAGGGGAAGGAUGUGACGGUGAAAACCAUUAAGAAGAAGCAGAAGCAUAAAGGCCGUGGCACUGUCCGCACUGUUACCAAGCAGGUCCCCAACGACUCUUUCUUCAACUUCUUUAACCCUGUCAAAGCUUCACCAGAUGGAGAAAUGGAUGAAGACUCUGAGUUCACCCUAGCCACAGACUUUGAGAUUGGUCAUUUCUUCCGUGAGAGAAUAGUUCCCAGAGCAGUGCUGUAUUUCACUGGAGAGGCCCUGGAAGAUGACGAGAGUUUUGAAGAGGAGGAGCUGGAAGAGGGAGAUGAAGAGGAGCAAGAUGAGGAUGGUGAUGAUGACGAUGAUGAGGGGGACUUUGACCCCAAGGCAUAAUCAAUCAUUCUCACCCCAUGCAUUUCUAGAAAGAACAGCCCCAGCCUGCUGAAUGCAAACAGCAGUAACCGUGGUGAUCAGGGGAGGUGGAGACCUGCUGUCCGUCAAAUCAGUUCUUAGCCAAUCAGCAAGUCCUCCUACUCUUGCAGGCUCUGCCCUUUUAUGAACUCUCAUCUGAACGCAAUAGAACGCAAACCAAACUGCGUUUUUACUAUGUGCAUGACUUCUUUUUCUUUUGUCUUGCGCCAAUCUCACCCCUUUUUUAUUUGGCUUUAUUCGAACUCAAAGCGAGAAGUGACUUCACUCUAAUUAAAAUACCAUGGCAUCACAUAGGGACAGUCUUCUUUUUUUGGUAAGGUGGAGUAGGUUACUACUGCCAAGAACUUCACAACAUCAUCAUAUGGAAACAAAAAAAAAACAGAUAGGAAAGGAAUGGUUCCCAAUUUUAGUUUUCAUGGAAAUAAAUCAGUUACUCAGGGUUUUUUAAUGCCAACAAGAGAAGUGCAAGUUUACCAGGAAACUGCUGAACAAGUUUGACUUAAUCUUUCACUGGGGUUGCUGCAGUGUUUUUUUUUUUUUUUUUUUUUUUUUUUUUGUUUGUUUUUGUUAUGGUGUUUUUUAAGAGACAUACAAUGUAUCAUUUUGAAUUUAAUUUACUUUUUUAAAUGUUCAUUGUCAUGUCAUUGGACUAUUUAUUCUGGUGUCAUGCAGCUGUUUUUUGAAGUGGUGUAUUUUGGGUACUCUUAAGGCCCAGCCACAGUAAUAGGCUCAUUCUCAUUGGCUCAAACCUCAUUUGGGCUUAGCAGGUCAGCGAAACGUGAAUACUGCCAAGUCAUGUUUUUGUUUUGUUUUUAAUCAAAAGUAAUCUUAAACAUUGAAGAAUUGUGUUCUGCAUCAAUACUGCUCACUUCUGCCCCGUUGUAUUGGGCUUAACAAGCAUUUAAUCUGAGCACUUGAGUGGGGACUAAUUAAGAUCAUGUGACUGGCACAUGUUCAUACUUGUGUCAUAUAUAUUGCUCUUCCUUUUUAGCCCCAUCCCCCCUGAAAUGCCCUUUAAACUUGUAUUAGAGGAUAAUAAGAACAAUUUAAACAAACGUAGACAUUCUGUCCACAUUGCUUCAUUUCAGCUUGUUGAAGGCCAAGCAUCCAGUCUGGUGAAUAUUUCCCUGAAAGUUGACACAUUUAAGCAGACACAAUGGCUAACCUGCAACCUGUUGUGGUUGUUUCUAAGAUAUCUCUUCUGGUAUGUAACUAGUUCUUAACAAAUGUCAUUUAAAGUCAGUGAUGGGACUGUGUGUGUGGGGUGUUUGGAUCAAAUGUAAAUUCUAUUGCCAACAAGCCAAAAUGAAAGACAAAACACACCAUCCUCUUUUAUUAAAUUGUUUGCCAAUUGUCAUUAACACAGUGUAAUCUAAUUCUGCGUUUAAAGUUGUUUAAGAAUAUAUAAAUAUUUCUGUUAUUGUCUAAUGAUUCAGUAGAAUGUCUGUGGAAAACAAAUAGAAGCGGUUGCCAAUGUAUUUUAUAUACUGCACUUGGAUUUUGGCAGUUUGGUUGGACACCUUUGCCUGCUGACUGGUCAGAGAUAGCAGUCACAGCGACAAUAAUACCCACCCCCCUCUUUUUAAAAAGAACGAUUGUAGAUCUUGUUGGACAGAUCGCUGAGCCACGGUUGACAUAUUCAAAUCUACCACAUUGGACCGUGUGCUAGCAAUGGCCUUAACUGGUUCUUAUUCACAAUUUGUUACUUGCGCAAUAUUUCUUUUCAAUUUGUACAGUUAGUUAAAAUAUUCUAUUAAAGUUGUGCGACAUGGAAA